GAAUUGAUCUGACAUGUUGUAAUGAUAAUACUUAUAUCUCUGCUCAUUAUAGUUAUAUAGUUCGACGUUUAAAUGUUAAUUUAUUAAACAAUGGAAUAAAGUUGAAUAAAUUAGUCUUAACGAGAAUACCUUAAUUUAUAGUCGUAUAUACUAUUGGUAUUUGGUGUUGUUAAAAUAACGGUUGUUCAAUAACGGAAUGGCGAAAUUACCUUUUCUGUUAAUACUUGUUUUUACAGUUUCAUCGGCGUUUAAUGAAUCUGAUUCAAUACCGAAACAAAAGUAUACGCUGCCAGAAGGUCAUCCAGAACGUUGUUUUAUUAUGCUUGCUGAACACAAAGAUCUUCGGCGUUUAGAAGCUCUCCCUGGUGGUGGUUGGGACAAUCUCCGUAAUAAGGACAUGGGGGCAGUUGUUCAGCAUACUUAUCACAAAUGUAUGACAACAGAGGAUGGUCGUUUUCUGAUACCAGAUAGUAUAACGACGCUUCCAAUUAAGACAAGCGGAGUAAGCACAGUGUCAGAGUUCUUUGAUCACUGGGAUAGCUACACGAGUGUUUCUUCAAGUUCCAUUAAUUUAGAGGUUGAGGUAUUAGGGAUACCUAUUGGAGGUAAAUUUUCCACAGAGUAUGGGAAUAUAAAAACAAAACAAAUUUCUGAGAAAAGUUCGACAACUCGUAUGCAAUUGCGCUAUCGUAGGUACAAUGUCAUAUUAGAAAACGGAUACACGCUUCAUCCUUCAUUCAAGAGCCGUGUUCAGAAAAUAGCGGCUGAUUUGAUGUUAAAUCGAUCACGUCUCGCUUCAUACGAGAGUCAGCUGCUUGUACGAGACUAUGGCACUCAUGUGAUAAACAACGUUGAGCUUGGUGCAACACUUGUCAAAACAGAUCAAAUAACAAUAUCACAAGAUGGAAGCUCUGAAUCCGACAGUCGGCAAAGAACAAUAUCUGCAGCUGCUGCCGCGUUCUUUGAAGAAGUUGGCAUCCAUUUCGGUGUUUCGUAUUCUACAUCAUCAUCGAAUGAAGCAGUAAACAAUUACAAAAAUUCACGAUUGUCCUCUGAAAUUAUAACACUUGGUGGAGAUAUUUACAAGCCAAGUCAAUAUUCUGCUGAAAACUGGAGCAGCUCAAUUGAAAACAAUCUUGUGCCACUAGAUAGAUCGGGGGACCCAUUAUAUUUAUUCGUUAAUGAAAACAACCUACCUGGGAUACCAGAGUACAUUAUAGAAAAGGUCCAUAGUUCUGUCAAAAAAGCUGUUUAUCGUUAUUACAUACAAAAUGUACAUAAAGGAUGUACGGUACGAAACGCGCCAAAUUUUAGCUUUCAGGCUAACGUUAAUGAUAGUACAUGUGAUCCGCCUAAGACAAGUUUUACUUUUGGAGGUGUUUAUCAAACGUGUUCGAACACAGGUUAUGUAAAUCUAUGUGAUGGAAUGUCUGUUAAGAAUCCAUUAACUGGUGACUUCAGUUGCCCAAACAACUACGAAGCUAUUCGCAUCAACAGCGGAAAAAAGACCCAACAAAGAAAUAGAGCUGUGAUAGUGAAAUGUGGCUGGUUUUUUCAUCUUGGAAAGUGUGCCAAAAAUGUAAUAGACAUUGCAAGCGCCGAUUAUGAAGCAUUUUGGUGUGCUAAAAUCAAUGCAAGCAGUCCAGGUGGAUAUAUGUUUGGCGGUUUGUAUACCCAACAUAUAGAUAAUGUGGUUACACAAACAAAAGUAUGUCCAGCAUACUUUAUCCCGUUAACUAUACUUGAAGACCUAACUAUAUGUGUUAGCGAUGACUAUGAACAAGGUUCACAAUUUAAUCUUCCUUUUGCAGGCUUAUUCAGCUGUGCUGCAGGAAAUCCAAUGGCAUUGGACUCUAUUAAAGGAACAAACAGAAGUUAUCCAAACUCCUGUCCAGAAGGGUAUAGCCAACAUUUAGCGGAUGUAGAUGACGGAUGCGAGAUAAAUUAUUGCAUUCAAUCCGGCGCAAUAACAAUGGAACAAUUACCGAAAAUAAAACUACCUCCUUAUAUGUCAAGACCUUUAGACAUACCACAGAAAGAGACAGAAGAUGAUUCGUCAAUGACCAUUUUCAGUAGUGAUGGUACAAGUUGGUCUUCUUUAGAGGAUGAAGUUGUUAAAGCAGCUUCCAGUAACAACACUUUAAUUUUUCUAAUUCAUAGUAAUGCACUGGAUGCUACUGAUAAAAACUACGAGCAGGUUUCUGCUGUUACAGUUGCAGUAAUAUCUGUGACUGGAACACUUCUCUUUGUGCUGAUAGUUAAAGGCAUAGCUUGGGCAAUCAGACGGAGGAGAGGUGCUACGUUGACAUAUCAAAGAUUCGAUGAUUUAACAUAUAUGUAACUGCCUGGGCAAAAGAAAGAUACAAGUAUCUAGUAAAACAUAUUUUAGAUGUUUUGAACAUACAUAAUUGAAUCAUCUAUCGCAUUUUGCUGGUCUAGAAAAUUGACAUUUGUAAUUUUGUAUUCAUGUAUUUAAGUGAUUUCAGUUUUGAUCUGCCUUAGUUAUAUAAGUCAUACGAUUUUAAACUUGUUAAACAUGAGACAAUACGCUUAUGUGUAUGAUUAAUAUGUAAAUAAUUGUUAAAAACAUUAUCAAAUAAAUUUGCAUCAUCAA